UUAGUUGAUCGAGAAAGCGGCAGGACUGUCAAGCUUAGCGGACUGCGGUCCCGCGAAGCUGGUAUCCUCAGACCGCCUAAGAGACUUUACUUUCCGACUGUCGAAGGAAGGAAGUUCACUUUUGAAUGAUCAGAAAUUUCAUAAGAGAAGAGAAAUUCAUAAUCAAUCAAGCGUGAAAAGAAUCAAUAAGACGAAGAAAUGUUAGAAGGAGCUAAGUUAAUAGGUGCGGGAGCUGCAACAAUCGCUUUAGCUGGAGCUGCAGUCGGAAUUGGAAACGUAUUCAGUUCUUUGAUUCAUUCGGUAGCUCGAAAUCCAUCAUUAGCUAAACAGUUAUUUGGUUAUGCCAUCUUGGGCUUUGCUCUUACCGAAGCAAUUGUACAUUAA